CCAGUGGAAGGGUGGUGGCUGUGAUAUGGUUCGGAAACUUCAAUAUGUGCUCAAGGUCAACCAGCAGUUGCCAGAGGUCACGUUGCCUGUAGAUGUUCUUGUUGCGGCUUUCGGCUCCUACCCAGCACUUAUAAAGGUGAUGGUAUGCUUGGAAGAUUUGGCCCACUUUGCCAACUCAACUCCUGCACUGAUUGCUUCAGGAAUCGUCUUCAGGACCUGACUAUCGUCCUUCACCUAGUGCCUUUGGGCAGCAGCUUAGGGUGUGCUUCAGGGUUCCUCACUUGGAGCACAGUGGGCUUGGUGACUCGUGUGCAGAAUAGAUGGGCUUCAAAGCACAUUAUAUUUAAAACUGGCAAAAUAUGGCAAUAUUACCUAGCAGGAAGUAAGCUAUUUUGGUUACAUUGCUUAUAUUGGAUUUGCAAAAUGUUGCCUUGAUUGUACACGACAUGAUCAGCUUCCAUUGUUCAAUAAAAUGUACAAUGUGAGUGCUUGCUUUCUUCCAGGUUCCCAGGGGGCAUAGCAAAACUGGCUAAGUACAUCCAUGACCGUGGACUGAAGCUGGGAAUCUAUGCAGACAUGGGCACUCACACAUGUAUGGGAUACCCUGGCACCACGCUGGAUAAAAUCGAUAUUGAUGCCCAGACCUUUGCUAGCUGGGGGGUAGACUAUCUAAAGUUUGACGGCUGUUCCUCAAAUUCUGUAGAACAAAUUAUAGGCUACCCUCUGAUGUCCAAGGCUUUGAAUGCUACAGGCAGACCUAUGGCAUACUCCUGUAGUUGGCCUGUCUAUGUAGGAGGCCUUCCCCCUAAUGUCAACUACACUUUCCUUGGUGACAUUUGUCACUUGUGGAGGAAUUACUAUGAUAUCCAGGACUCAUGGGACAGUGUACUUGGUAUUGUUGAGUGGUUCUCCAACAACCAGGAUGAUCUGCAGCCGGCUGCGGGGCCUGGACGGUGGAAUGACCCUGACAUGCUCAUCAUUGGAAACUUCGGUCUCAGUGUGGACCAGGCCCGCUCUCAGAUGGCUCUGUGGGCUAUAAUGGCUGCACCUCUCAUCAUGUCAAAUGACCUUCGAAACCUGGACAACAGUGCCAGGACCAUCCUGCAAAACAAAAUGGCUAUUGCAAUAAACCAGGACCCCAUGGGAAUCCAGGGAAGACGCCUAUUGCAGGAGAAGAGUCAUAUUGAGGUUUACUGGAGGCCUCUGUCUCAGUCAGCCAGUGCCCUUGUGUUCCUGAGUCGACGGACAGACAUGCCCUACCUCUACCACAGCUCUCUGGGUAAACUCAGCUACGAUGCUGGCAACUAUGAGGCCUACGAUGUAUUUACUGGCGCAACAGUGACGGGUCUGAAUGCCACCACAGAGUUUACCUUCUCCAUCAACCCCUCAGGUGUAGUCAUGUGGUACGUGUACCCCAAAAAAGCAUCCAAACAGACGAAGAUGCUCAGGAAAACCUCAAAACUCACAUGGCAAAAAACUGUACCGAGGAAUAGGAUUGUGUUAUGAAGUAACUGCUGUAAAUGCUAAUGCUAAUCUCAAAUUGUAUGGAAUAAUUGGAAUGUUGAAAGUCUCAAACAAAACAUUGUCAGCUUAAUUUGGUUUAUGGAAUAGAUAUUCUGCGGCACUGAUUUUAAUGACACCAAACAAAAUCAUUUUCAAUUCUGUCAUAUUUUUGUAUUGUUUAGAAGUGCCUUUUUCUUCAAUUGAAUAAACAUGUACUCAUUUU